AUGCCCAAAAGCAAGAGGCGUACCCGGGCUACUCGCCGGAGAAAUACCCGGCAAGAGCCUCAACAUGAAGAGGCUGCAGAGAACGAAGAGCAGCCCACAGGCACCAAUAACGAUGAGGACGUCGAUAUGGACCGGGAAUUGAAAGAUUUGGAUUCAGACUUUGAAAAAUUAUCCGACGAUGAAGCCCCAACCGCACAAAAACGUCGUCACAAGAAGGCCAGAAUCGAUGCUCUUCCAAAAACCAACCAGAGGAUCAAAAAGGCCAAUAUUGAACACAAUGUUUCCCCGGAACGAAAUCUUCUACCUGAGAAGAUCUAUCGAAUUACGUAUGACUCAUGGUCAGCCUACAUGGACUCGGGUAUGGUGGAGGAUGACCCCGAGAGUGGAUGGAAAGCAUAUGAUAAGCUGUAUAAAUCUUUCUACCUGAUCAACCGUGGCAAUUCUCUACCUGAAGACUGGAAUAUUCCCCAGACGUUACCAUACAGCGAUUUGGGGAACGACCGGAAAGCCUGGGGCAGCUUCCUGCUAUGGAUGAUACAGACUCUGCAGUUGAAUACUCGGAUGACUCCGAAUCUGACGAGUCAGACUCUGAUGAUCUAUUUUCGUCCGGUAUGGCUCAAAAGGAACCCUAUAUACCGAGUACGCGCGGGAUCGUCUGAGCCCUACGACCCGCAAACGGCAGAACUAGUCCUGUCCAACACUCGUGGGAACUCGAAGUCUACUCUUACCACGGAUGGUAUACUCCAAGAGGUAUGGAAGUAUUCCCGCGAUGACGUUUCCGAUAUUACAGGCGUAGGUUGGAAGGUCGAGGACGACGACGAAGCCAAUACCAAUGCCCUGGCAUUAAUUCGACCGCAGCGAUACGCAACCUACCCCCACACUAGGGUUCUGGUGAAAUGGAAAGACGGGAAUACUACGCUGGAGCGUCGAGGAUUUGUUCGACGUAUUGCCAACGGAAAUAGCUUCAACGGAGAUCGGAUGAUCUAUCUAAAGGCAAAAGAGCUUGAAAACGCUUACUGGGGAUACAAUGUCGAGGAACAUUGGGAUCAUGACUCAGACGACAGUCAUGAUAAAUCAUCAGAUGAAUCAUCGAGUCGCACUUAUAGUUCCCGCCCUAGGAAAGCUCCCUCCAAAUCCAGAAGAGGCGUUCGUAAUGUGGAGUCCGAAUAUGAAGAAAAUGACACGGAUUCAGACACUUCCCUAUCCAGUCUUGAGCAGGCACGGAAAACACGCAGGUCUAGCCGACGCACUAGGACCAGGAAGUCCAAGCCUCCAAAUAAGAACGCGGCUAUUGAUGCUGAGAUUCGCCUCCUGACGAAGGAGCUCAACCGGCUCCAAGUUAAACGUCAACGAGGUAGCCGUGACGACAAGACUGUCUCCCGGAGUCGACGCCGGAAAAACCUUGGUUAG